UCCAAUGCAAUGCACCCCUUUCUCUCUCUUUCUCUGUUGCCAUACACUAACUCUGUCUUGUAGACUUCCUUGGAGAUUAGUAUAGAGUCAACUUAGUAGAUUUUGUUUCGCUCUGUCUUUUAUUUUUCUUCUCUCUCCACCCGUGUGCGUGAGUGUGAGGCUUCACUUUCUCUUUUGUUUUUGAAGGAGUAUAAAUCUUUGCUUUGCUCUGCUUUGUCUAUAGUGUCAACGCUUACAAAAAGAGGAACCCCAGGAAGUUUCCUACCUCCCUUCCUCUUCCUCUAAAAACCCUUUUACUUUCCCCUCUUUGCUGUUGCUUUCUCUUUUGUUUUGUUUUUUGGGCUGCUGUUUCAACUUGUCCCAGAGCCCCACUAAGCUUCAUUCAACGCUCUUGCACCCCCGCAGUCUCUUACACUCUCAACGCUUCCCCUUCAGCUUCUUAUCACCAGUUAGUUUUCUGAACUAAUCUACCAAUGGAGAAGGCUAAUUGUUGCAUUUCAAGGCCAUCUAGAAAGAGAAAGUUGCCUCAAGAAGGCAAUGAUAUGUUGAACUUCACCUUGGAUGAGCUCACUGAAGACCUCCUUGAAAGGGUCCUUUCAUGGUUACCAACCUCAAUGUUCUUUCGCCUCAGUUCAGUGUGCAAGAGAUGGAAAUCAGUUGCUGCUUCUGAAAGUUUUAAGCUUGCUUGCUCUAGGAUUCCUUCACGGGAUCCUUGGUUUUUCAUGGUGGAUCCCAAUCUUAAUCAAUCAGUUGUUUUCGAUUCUGCUGAAAGAAGUUGGAAAAAGCUCAAUCAUCCGCCUCUCCUCUUGCAUAACUGUAACUGUGCCUCCAUUCCAGUUGCAGCAUCUGGUGGUCUUGUCUGUUUCCGCAAUAUGUCUGGCAAUUACAUUGUAUGCAAUCCCGUGAAAGGAUCUUGUCGCGAACUCCCUCCAGUGGAUCCAGACUCUCGUGAUCGAUCUCUUCAUGCUAUAGCAAUGAAUGUAUAUUCCAAUUACCAUGGCUCGUACAAGCUUAUCUUAGUCUCUGGUGAUCUUUCAAAGCUUUCUUUCAAAGUUUAUAACUCUAGUGCUGAUUGCUGGGAAGAAGAGAUUAUGCUGAGGAAACAAGGUGAUGAUUAUACAGAAUUUGACUCAAACGAUGAUGAUGAUGCCGUGUACUUCCUUAGCAAAGCUGGAAAUGUGGUGGCAACUAACAUGCAGAGAAGCCCAUCCAAGCAGUAUUCAUCAGUUAUUACUCUUAAAGAUGGUGAGGAGAUUGUAUAUUUCCUCAGCUCCUUAGGAACAGUUGUGGCCUGCAAUCUGACCCAGAAGUAUUUCUCUGAAUAUCCCAGACUGUUGCCUGUCUUUUCUGAGUACUCCAUUGAUGUGGUGGAGUGUAAAGGAGAGAUGUUGGUUGUUGUGUUAUCAGAAUUUUUUGAAAGCGCUAGCCUUAGGGUGUGGAGGUGUGAUGAGAAAACCAAGACUUGGAAUCAGAUUGCAGCAAUGCCUCCUGCAAUGUCACACGAGUUUUAUGGCAAGAAAGUAGACAUAAACUGUGUUGGGGCUGGUGACCAGAUAUUUAUAUGCUUAAGCUCUGCUGAGCUUUGUAGUUAUGUUCUCUGUGAUUUUGUGACUAACGAAUGGGUCGAACUACCCAAAUGUUCAAUGAAUGGUGAAGCCUUGGAGUUCAUGUCUGCCUGUUCAUUCGAGCCAAGGAUUGAGGCUUCUGUAUGAACACAUGGUGUGGAGUGAGCUAUGUUUUGAAGGAUUUGAUAAUGCCGUCUGUGAUUCCUCUUUUUUUUUAAAAAAAAUCUUUUUUCUCAGUGCUCUUUACUUCAUUUAUUUUGUUCUUAUUUGUAUUCUUUUAGAGUAUUGAUUUGUUCUCUUAUUCGAAUUGUUUAAGCAAAUUAGCCCCUUUGCUGGAUGUAUUAAUGAGAUAAUGUUAUUAGACUAUUGGUUGUCAUAUACGAGAAGUGUCUUUUUACUUUGAAUGCUAUUGUCUCGCUCAACAAAUUUAUUAAGUUUCUUGAUGCAGUUGAAAUUUUAAAACUAACAUAUAAAACGGAUGACAGAAAGAUGAUCAGUAUAUCUAAAUC